CCUCCCUCUUGCCCUAUACGUUGACUUUCAACAAACGAGCGAGCGUGCUGGAGUGACGCGGAUAGAGCAUGCGGGCGGUGGCGUGCACUGUUGAACCCAACCUGCUAAUUUAAAAGAAACAGGGACAGCAAAUACUGGGCACCUACACUGGGGAGAUACGACUAACUGUGGCGAGGAUGGCGUCACGUAGCCUGGGGCUGCAUGUAGCUCGCAAACAGGACGCUGCCAGAAACGGAGCUGUGGAGAGGAGGAAUCUACUGACUGUCUGCAGGUUUUCAGUGAAGACGUUGCUUGACCGCUCCUGUUUAGACACGAUAGACGAAUCCUCUCCAGAGUUCACCAACUUCGUCUCCAUCCUGGAACAGAUCCUCAGUCACAGACUCAAAGGUCAGACUACGUGGUUUGGUUAUGAGACUCAUCGUAGUUUCUGGGAUUAUGUGAAAGCAGCCUGCAGUAAAGUCUCUCCCAGCUGCAUCCACAGCAUUGAGAGCAUGGAGAAUGUCCGCUCCUCCAGAGCUAAGGGUCGGGCGUGGAUCAGGCUGGUGCUGAUGGAGAAGAGGCUGUCUGAGUACAUCUCCUCCGCCCUGAGGGACUUCAAAACCACCAGGAAAUGGUAUGAGGAUGGGGCCAUCAUGCUAGGUGAGGAGGCAGGGCUGCUAGCAGAUACACUCAUCGGUCUCAACACCAUUGACUUCAGCUUCUGUCUGAAAGGGGAGGGGCUGAAUGGAAGCUGCCCAGCGGUGAUUGACUAUACGCCUUAUCUGAAGUCGAUUCAGAGAGAGAACAGCAUCAGCAGUGAUGAGGAGUUGAGGACCCUGGGGAGCAGCGGCAGUGAGAACACCACCCCUGAAAAGAUGGCCGCCAGCACUGCGGAGGCCAUCUUAACCGAGCAGAGCAGCUGGGUCUGCAGGUGUAAACGACUCGAGCAGAAAUACCGCAUGGCACUGGAACAGAAGUGUUAUCUGGAAGAGCUGGUUCGUCUGAGAGAGGCCCAGCUGUCUCAAGUGAUUCCUCAGAACAAAGCUCUUCAGCAGAGACUAACAGACACACACCUCUCACACACACUGGAGAAGGAACAACUAGAAUACAUCGUACUGGAGCUCCAGGACCAACUGAAGAAUUUCCAGAGUCUAGAGCAGCUGUCCCAGACCUCUCUGGAGCCCUCACACACACUCAACCUGGACACUAGACCAGCCAGCUCACACUGGCACCACCAUGGGAAGGAGGACACCCCCUCUCUGAUAGGUCUGUGUGGGUCUCUGCAGUCAGUAGCCAGCAAUAAGUCCCUGGCCAGCCAGAAGUCCAGUGAGUGUCUAGCCAGCCCCACCACAGAGAUGACCAGUCCUGACCUCACCCCAUCCUAGAACCAGAGACCAAGAGACCCAGCACAUGGUUUGGAGAAAGAGAGCCAGAUUUGGAUCCUGGAAUUGGAACUCAGCCUUUUUGAAUAACAUUCUACCCCAUCCCCUCCUAAACCCAGAGAUCUAACUUCGUCCCCAGGCUCAAUUGAUGGAUUUACCAGGGAUGCAACACAGGUCGUAAAAUCAUACAACUGUGCAUAGAGAUGUAUUUAUUGGGAUUUCUAUGACUAAAUCUCAUGGAAUCUGGAUCCAGGAACUCUGCGUUUUAAAGAAAUAUUGAAGGAACUCAUAGCUCAAAACAUGGGAGCCGCAGUCGAUCAUUUGGAAUUUACAACCCGGACUAACCCUGGAACCAGCUCUUCAGUAGUCAGUCCUUCAAUGUAAGCGCAGAGCCGUUGGAAAAACCAGGACUGUAUUGACCAGGACCAACCUCAUGUUUAUUUAUUUGUUGUAUAUCUGCACUGAUGGGAAAACAACUGCAUAGUUGAAAGCCAGUUCCGGGUAGGUAUACUGUUGUCACCUAUCUUAUGUGUUCAGAUCACUGCAGACCAAGGAGAACGCCACUUGACACUAUUGGGAUGCAGACCUUUUGUGUCACUUAAAGGACUCCUCAUGAUGUAAACAUGCUCAGCAUCCCAGAGAUUGACAACUUGAGGAAUUGCUUUCUUUAGGAUUUAUUUAGGGAGGGGAAGGAGUGAAGGUUAGGGUUUGUUGUUUCUCAAGUGUUAAAGCCUGUAGACUAGUGGUUCUGUUCAUGCCUCUUCAACUUGCAGGUGUUGUUUUCCUGUUACCCUGGCAACUUAAGUGAGCUCUACUAUAGAUGGCCAUGGUGGGUCUGUCUCAGCGGCCAAAAAAUGCACCUCAAAGAACGGACAUAUUUAGGUAUUGUAUUCCUGCCAGAGGACUGGACUAUCCUCAUUAAUUAUAAGUCUUUCGUGUAAUCAUGCUUCCAUGUUGGAAGGGCCUUGAAAUAUCUAGAGGAGAACAGUGUUGCUUUUGUGUCUUCUGUUUCUACGGUCAAUCAUCUGGUACCUGACUUGUAGCCAUAAUCAUAUUAUUGAUGGUAGUUUAUGAGAUACAUUCAAUAUCAAAAUAAAGUCGCACACUCCAUAUAUAAACUCCCAGUAAUUUAUUGGGUAUUUACCAACGUUUCGGCCUUCUUCAGGCACAGUGAUGGCGACACAUUGGUAAAUACCCAAUAAAUUACUGUGAGUUUAUAUAUGGAGUGUGCGACUUUAUUUUAGUUUAUUUGCCAUUAGUCAGCACCUCCACACAAACACAUUUUUCUGGGUGUGCGCCAGCAAUUUAAAAAAAAAAAUUGAAUAUCUCAUCCACAAUCCGUUUUGGAUUUAACCACACAGUAUUAUGUUAUCUUUAUGCGUCAAAGGGUUUGUUCUCAGGAAAUGUUUCCUGUCCAACAGGGUUAGGUUGAACAUGAUAGUCUGUAUUAGGGUUGCAUGUUCUGUCUGACUGCAUUGAGAUUUAUUUUGAUCAGAGGCAUGUAGGGAAAGUGUUCAGGGUGUGUUCUGUGUCUGUCACUCUCUCACACACACAGUUAAUUGUAUUGCGAUAUUGCACAUUGAUUUAUUACUUUUAUUUAUUUUCUCCUGCUAUUUUGAAUAAACAUACUGUACUAAACAAUA